AUGAAGGUAGCAUUCAUUGAGAAUGGCAUCUGUGUAGCCUUCACAUACAAGAUUCCAAUAGUAUAUUCUAUUAACAUUCGUAUUCCAAGAAGAGCGUUCAACAUUUUCCGAGCACACAUUCUGCAAAGAAAAGCCAAUGUGAUCAUUUAUUAUGGUGAUUCUGACUCAAUGUUUCUGUUGCCUCAUGUCCUAAGCAAAACUGAAAUAAAAUUCAGUGCUCCUAUAGGGAAGGUUUGGAUCUCCACCGCUCUGUGGGGCUUCACCUUAAGCACAUCUUUUCAAUACUGGGAUGUCAAAUUCUUCCAUGGAGCUUUGUCUUUUGUCAUCCAAACAAACCAGCGGACAAAAUCCCAGGGCCUUUUCUUGACUCAAGAUGGCCAUUUCCUGGAUCGUAUUUGGUCCGAGACGUUUGACUGCUCUGAUUCCAACCAGAGAUGGUCACGGAAAACCUGGAAAAGAUGCCUGGGGAGAGGAAAGCUGGAAAGCCUUCCAACAUCUUGGCUUGGGAAUGGUAUGUCUGCUGAGAGCUACAAUGUGUACAAUGCUGUGUACAGUGUGGCACAUGCUUUCCAUGCUCUGAUCACAUCUGUGUCUAGCCGCAUGAUGACCACAGAGGAAGACAGACUGGAUCUUCUGAACAUAGAGGCAUGGCAGCUUCACCCUUUUCUGAGAAGCACCCGCUUCAACAGUACGACCAUGGACGAAGUAUAUUUUGAUGAAGAUAGGGAGCUGGUAGCUGACUAUAGUAUUGUGAAUUUGGUCACAUUUCCUAACGAAACCGCCAUAAGAGUGAAAGUGGGGAAGCUGGAGACCCAAGCCUCCUCAGGCCCAAAGCUGACUAUUCAUGAGGAGACCAUCGUGUGGCCCAACUGGUUUAAUAAGACCAAGCCUUGUUCUACUUGUACAGAAAGUUGCCAGCCUGGAUCCCACAAGGUGGUGCCAGAAACAAAGCCCGUUUGCUGCUAUAAAUGUGUCCCAUGCAUGGAAGGAACCAUUUCUACUCACACAGAUGCAGAUCACUGCCUUGCGUGUCUAGAAGAUCAGUACUCAAACAAUGAGAGGGAUGAGUGCUUCCCCAAGACUAUAGUCUUCCUCUCCUAUGAAGAACCACUGGGGGUUACCUUGGCUUUCUUUGCCCUACUCAUGUGUCUAGCCACAGGUUUCAUUUUGGGGAUUUUCAUUAAGUACCAGAGCACUCCACUUGUUAAAGCCAACAACCGAAACCUCACUUACAUCCUCCUUGCUUCUCUCCUGCUUUCCUUUCUUUCUUGCCUUCUGUUCAUCGGCCAGCCUCAAGAAGUCACCUGCCUUCUCCGCCAAACCAUCUUCAGCAUCAUCUUCUCAGUCGCCGUCUCUUCUGUGCUGGGAAAAACGACUACCGUGUUGUUGGCAUUCAUGGCCACAAGACCAGGGAACAGCAUCAGGAAGUGGAUGGGAAAGAGUUUGGCAAAUGGUAUUGUCCUUUUGGGUACUUUCAUUCAGUUUGGCAUCUGCAUUGCCUGGAUCGGAAUAUCUCCCCCCUUCCCAGAACUGGACAUGGAUUCCCAAGUCACACAGACAAUUCUGCAGUGCAAUGAAGGGUCCACCACUAUGUUUUAUUCUGCCCUUGGCUACAUGGGCCUUCUGGCUGCCAUCUCUUUUACUGUGGCUUUCCUCGCCAGGAAGCUCCCUGGGGGCUUCAACGAAGCCAAGUUUAUCACCUUCAGCAUGCUGGUGUUUUGCAGUGUCUGGGUCUCCUUUGUGCCAACUUACUUGAGCACCAAGGGGAAAUACAUGGUGGCUGUGCAGAUCUUCUCCAUCUUGGCUUCCAGUGGUGGGUUACUGGGCUGCAUCUUCCUUCCCAAAUGCUACAUCAUUGUCCUAAGGCCUGAUUUGAAUACAAAAGAGCACCUGAUGUUGAAAAGCAAAGAUUAAGGUUGAGGUAAAGCAAGAGGGGAGCGAAACCUUCUCAAAGACUGGAAUGUGAAAACACUCACAUAGAUGGUUAACAUUUUUACUUACUCACAUGGGAAGCCAACCCCCACCCAACCCAGCAUAUGAAAUGCUACAUUACCAAAGCAGACAGCAGAUGGCUUGCUGAUUUCUGCUAAGCCAAUUUAUUAUUUUAGUGAGGUAUAGGUGGGUGGUUGGGAUCCUAACCACCUUGUAUAAACUGAAGUAGAUAAGGAACAAUCUUACCUGAAAGCGCUACAAUUUAUAGUUCAAAUACUUUUCUUCUUCCACAUCAUAUUGAAUUACAGAUUUCAGGUUUACAGGCACCAACUGAGGUAAAUUAGUUAAAUGUCUUUUACUUAAAGAUGCACACUGUGUUAAGAUCAACAGUGCCAUCUGCAGGAAAUACAUUAAACUGUCUGCUUUUUCCUCAAUAAAAUACAGUCAUACCUCGGGUUACAGACGCUUCAGGUUGUG